AGAAUCGUUGUCCUCACUGCGCCGUUUCUGCUUCAUGUGAUCUGCUUUGAAUUUGUCCAGAAAAAACGCACGAAAGCAACCCUAGCUGCAAAUCUCCAAAUCUCCAGAUCUCCUUCUGGCCUGAAACCAGAAAAAAAUUGGCCUUCAUAGCUUCCUUUUUGCGGAAAGCGAUUGUUCUAAAACCUCAUUGUUCUCACUAGCAGCAGCAAUAACAGGUCACUUUCUGGUUUCCAGUCACAGUUCCUGUUGAUUUCCAUCCUAUGUCUUGCUCCGGUUUCUUUUCGCCUCGUCAAUGUCACUUGAUUCGUUGCAUAUGAGGAGAGCUUUAGGGCAUUGAAGAAGAAGAAGAAGGAUUUUGCUGAAGUGUACGAUAGAGAGAUGAUUCAGCUUCUUUUUCUGGUUCUGUUUGCCGAGGGUGCGGUGGCAUUACUUUUGAUGCUGAAGAUUGGACCGCUCAGAGAGCUCGUUAUGAGAACAUUGGAUCAGUUGAAGACAGGGAAGGGGCCGGCGACGAUGAAGACACUAGCGUGUACUCUGGCGGUGAUUUUUCUUUCGAGUAUAGUUAAUAUUCUUAGCAUACAGAAGAGGGGUUUUAAGCUUGGUACUGUUACUCCGAUGGAUCAAGUUCUUUGGAGGACUCAUGUUCUUGAGGCCUCACUUACAGGCUACAUCCUCUUUCUCGCCUUCGUGAUCGAUCGGCUUCACCAUUACCUCUGCAAAUUAAUAACCCUAAAGAAAACAGUUACUAGUUCCAGAGAUGAUCUAGAACAGCUUCAGAAGGAGCAGCUCCUCUUCAAGGAGAAAGAAAUCAAAUCAUCAGAUGAGAUCAGGAACCUGAAUGAAGAAAUCUCCGCACUGAACGAAACGAUUCUGAAGCUGAAAUCCGUCUCCGACGAGCAUGAAAAAGGAAUGAUCUCCGCCGAGUCACACGUCUCUGCUCUCCAGAAACAGUGCGAAGAGCUUCUCCUCGAGUACGAUCGCCUGCUUGAGGACAACCAGAUCCUUCAGGCACAGGCUCUUGGGUACAGAAGUUGAAGAUUGGAGGCAACAAAAUGUGAAAUAAAUUCAUGUUUUCAUUUCUGUUCAUUGGGUUUUGUUGGUGAAAGAUCUCUGUUAAUACAGAAUAGAGAAGGCUACAGGUUGUUUCUGAAGUCUAAAUUGAGGUAUUUUUCUCAUUUCUUUACAGGUCAGUUUUAUUGUGUUAUUGAGUUGAUGAUGUUAUUCAGAAUUUGUGGGGCUUUUGGAUAUAUUCAUUUUAUUUGCUGAAUCUUUUCUUGGUUUGU